UUAAUGUAACACACGGACGUAACUUUUUUUAAUCAUUAUAUAAUCUUGUAUUUUAAAAUAAUCCACGAGAAGAAUAGCUAGUGAUACUUUUUUUGGUCCACGUGGUUGUUUUACGAGUCGCAUCUUUUCUGCGUCAUAACUUGAUUUCGAAGCAGUGUGCGGCAAAAGCAACAACGAGCCACUUAAAACCGUUUUUUUUGUUUAUAUCAGUUAAUUUGAUUUAUUUCAAAUUAUGUCUUCAAAAGGCAUUAAGGUAGACAAUGACCUCAAAACAAAGGUUGACGCCUUCAGAGAGCGGAUCACGGGUGAGGCUGAAAACCUGGUCGCAGACUUUUUCCCCAAAAAGUUGCUGGAACUUGACAGCUUUCUGAAGGAGCCCAUUUUGAAUGUCGCAGACCUGAAAGAGAUCCACUCAGAGAUAAACGUCAAAGUACCCGACCCAAUCAUUCUAAACAAUAGCCAUGAUGGAGUAGAUGUGCAAAAUUCCAGAAAACGGAAAAUUGAAGAUGGACUAGAUGAUGAUAACUGUCAAGAUGGCCCCAAGGUGUUUGCCAUGCCAGGGGGGAUGAUAAAAAGCAACGGCCAGCUGGUGGACCUGAUCGAAAGAGUCAAGCCAGAAAUAAGAACCCUCAUAGAGAAAUGCAACACAGUCAAAAUGUGGGUCCAGCUCUUAAUCCCCAGAAUAGAGGAUGGUAACAACUUUGGUGUAUCCAUCCAGGAGGAAACUGUUGCUGAGCUCAGGACUGUGGAAGGAGAGGCAGCCUCUUACCUGGACCAAAUUUCCAGGUAUUACAUCACCAGAGCGAAGCUAGUCUCAAAAAUUACAAAGUACCCUCAUGUGGAGGACUACCAGCGCACGGUGACUGAAAUAGACGAGAAGGAAUACAUCAGCCUCAAGAUCAUUGUGUCAGAGCUGAGGAAUCAAUAUGUGACAUUACAUGACAUGAUCCUGAAAAAUAUAGAGAAGAUCAAGAGGCCACGAAGCAGCAACAAUGAAGCCCUCUACUGAACACUCCACUUCUCCGUAUCCUCUUCUCACCAACUCCUAGUAACAGCCACAUUGGCAGCAUUUAAAUAGGCAGCACAAUUCUGAUAUUUUUUCCCACUAAUUGGUCUUUUGACCAAUCAGAUAAGCUCUGAAAAGAUCUGAUGUGAUUGGUCAAAAGACCAAUUAAUUAGUGGAAAAGGGCUCCAAACUGGGUUGCCUGUGUGAAUGCAGCCAUUGACUGUAACAGGGGCUUUGUUCUGGACUAUUAUCAUCAAUUCCCUCAAGGUGGACUUUGAAAUUACCUCCUUAGAAAUGUUCUGAAACAUCCAUGUUUCCAGGGCUUGUGAGAAGUUUGUACCUUGAUUAUGGAUUUUUCUCCAUGUCGACCAAUCAAGCAGGCUUGAACUGAACUCAAACAUGGCCGGCCUCCACAAGGUUGGUAGGUCAGAUGAAACUUUUUGUGUCCUUGUCUGUGUGCUUGUAGUGUGUAUGUCUUGUCUGGAAACCGUCAUGGGAGUUUCACAGGUAUACUUUGUCUGUUUUAUCUUUAGUUUUGUUUUUAAGGAAUUAUUUUUAGGAUUCUGAAGUGCUUGCUGGUAACUAUAAUUAGCUGUAUGUUGAGAUUGUCAAGGUGAGUGUGUGGGAAUGCUCAAUCUGCAUUUUAGACAUAGUGUAGCUUGCAGUCCUGUCAGUUAUUUUUAUUUAUUUUUUACUUAAGGGACUACUCACAAGUAUAUUGUGAAGGACUAUGGUCUGUUUCCAGCACAAUAUGUAAUGUCCAUCCACUCUGAUAUUGGAGUUUCAAUUGUGUUAAAAGCCAGAUCUAAUGUUCUCAUAUCCAGAUGCUACUUGAUGAGAGAAAUGUCUUUACUGUUUCUCUCCCUUAAUUGUAAUUUCGUUUUAAGAAUAAAUAUUUUUACGUAAUACAAAUUCUUGAGAAUGAAAUGGUUUCUCACCUAUUGUAUAUGCUGCAACUGUUGGUGUGUCUCAGAGCUUGUGUAGUUGAAUUCAAGCCUUGCUGUGAAAAUUAUUAACCUCAGGAUGAGGGGGGCAAAAUACUUAAUAAUAGCUAGGUUUCUAUCUAAUUUGAUAUUCAUACAAAUGUGAUCAAAUCUGCAUUUUUUAUUUUUUUUUUAAUUAUGCAUUUCCCCACCAGAGGUGUUUCUAUCAGACACUUUUUUUGUGGAUAAAAGGCUGUGUGAUGAAGUUUCAUGUACUGAAUAAAGGUCAGUGUUUCCAUGGCA